AUGCAAGCUCAUGCUCUAGUUCCAUCUGAAAACUGGGACGACGAUUUCGAAUUCCAAGGAUCCUCCACGACCAACUCGCCUGUAAAACGUAACUCGCGUAAGGGGAAGGACCGACAACAACAACAACACUAUGACGCGAAUCGUACCGAACGGAUGUCGAUCGCAAGCUCGCAAUGGACAGAGGAGGACUGGGAUAUAAGAAGCACAGCUAGUCCUGCUCCUAGUCUUAACCACCGCUUCGGCGCCAACGCGCUUGCCAGCUCGAGUUCGCUCGCCAACGCGAAUUACAGCCCAAACGGGAACGCGAUGUCGACAACCACGACGACAGCGACGAACAACAACAGCCCACCGCGCCGCGCCCCCGUGUACAACCGCAAACGCAGCGGGAGUUUCGACCGCACCCACAAAUCCAACGCGUCCAAAUCCUCCAUCCCUCCCGGCCUUGCGCAGUGGGUCGAAGAAGACGGGGAUGGCUUCGGCGAUAACGACGAUCUCGACGGGUUUGGACUCGGCGGGGGCUCUGACAACGUGGUGGUGUUCAACGAGGGCUUGUCGAGCGCGUCGAAGAGGCUUUUUGCUGAUGUCGGGAAUCUUCCUGGGACGAGUGGGAGUGGGAAGGGAGGGCUGGAAGUUGAGACCGAGAAUUGGGACGAUGAUUUUGAAGAUCCGAGUCCGACGAGGGCGACGAUGGAUACGGUUUCGUCGCGUGUGCAGCAGGACUCGUUGGCGACGCCUGUGCAGCACGAGAGCUGGGACGAGGAGUUUGGGUUGGGCCCGCCCCCGCCUUCGCGGAGGAAGAAACGGAGUUCAGAACCCGCCCCGCAGUCCCACUCGAAUCUGUCGUCGGACGAGGAUGAUGAUGCCGAGUUUGGGUUUUUCGAUAAUGAUAGAGAGGAGGAUCGGACGGUCACUGCGAGGUCGAGACGGGUUGCCCUGGCGCGUCUCUCGCCUUCCAGAGCGCACCCCAACUCCUCCAGCUCAACCUCCCCGCCACCACCCGUCCCAGCGAUCCCUUCACCCUUCCUCUCCCCUCAACCUGUCGCGAUACCCUCCCAGCCCUCGUCAUCCUCUCCACAUCCUUUCCCCGCACCACACUCCCCGACAUCCUCGGUCUUUAGCGUCCCAACGACCCUCAACGACGCCCGGUCGUAUACGAGUACGACGCACCUCCAUCCUACGGCUUCGCGGACAUCCUCAGGACACGGUCAUGCCGGACUGGCGAAUGUCCCGCCGUCGCCGCGUAGACCCAAGUCGCGUGAGCGGCGGCGGCUGAGGAAGAAGAGCCGGCCUGUUCCCGCCAACCAAUACGAGAUGAGUAAUUUGUCUGGGUAUUCGCAUCACCACCAUCAGCAGCAUCCGUACGGAGGAGGAAAGUACCCCUACCAGUACGCCUAUUCGUUCUCGGAUGGGGAGUUGGAGGAGAUUAGGGAUACGGAUGAUGGGGAUUUGGAUGGGGAUGAGAGGGUGUUUAGGAGGGAGGGGAUGCGGACGCCUUCGCCUCAUCCGCCGUACUCAGGGCACCACCAUCCGAUGUCUGUCCCUGUUACGCCGUCGCGCUCCUCCUCUGCGAGUCAUUCUCAUUCUCAUUCCCAGUAUCAUGGCCAUGACCAGAACCCAAACAGCAGUAAUACGGCGGGGAGUGGUGUAGCGCCUGUUGUACCCGUACCUGUACCCGCGACGCCGAGUUCUAAAGCGGGUGCGCUGCUUAGUCGGAUUGGGAGUGUGACGAGGAAGGGGUGGGUGAGGCGGAAGCGGGGGUCGAGUGUCUCUGCUGCUGUCGGUGGUUCCGGCACUGCUGCGCUUGGGGCUAGCGAUACUGCAGAAGCACCCGCGUCAAACAAACACCUGUUGAAUCUGGAGUUGGAGGAGCAGAGGCAGCAGCAGCUUACGCCGAGACCGAGGUCGUCGCUUUCGUCGUUGCAGCAUCAGCAGAGGGAGAGGGAGAGGCAGUUGCAGGUGUCGCCGAUGAAUAGGCCGGCGACGUCUGCGUCGCAUCAUCAUCAGCGUCAACAUCAUCCGGGUGUUUCGCCGUCGAUUCAUUCGAGUAUGUCUCCUGCGCAUCCGGAUGUUUCGCCUUCUGGUCACUCGUCGAUAUCUCAUGGGCAUCCUUCUACGUCUCCAAACGCGAAUCACCAUUACCCUUCGACUUCCCCCAAUACGACGACGACGAACCCUCCGCAAUCCAACUCGUGGUUCUUUAGGAGCACGUCCAACUCGACUACGCAUUCGAAUAUGACGAGUUCGAGUGCGUAUACUACGUCUUCGACUGCGACUACUGCGAAUACGCAUGCGACGCGGGAGUCGUAUGUGAGUAGGGAGACGUAUGCUAGUGGGGGGACGUACGCCAGCAGAGACACAUACGCUAGUGGUGGCACUCAUGUUUCGAGGGAGACAUAUGGGAGCAGGGAGACGGGAGGAAGCAGUUUAGCUGGGUACCGAGCUGGUGAGAGUCGGAGUGGGAGUAUGAGUGAUCUUUCACUGCGGGAACCGGGAGGAGGGAGGUAUACACCUAGUUUGGGUGGGGUGGAUGCUUUCGAUGCGCAUCAUCACCAGGAAGGGACGACGAGUACAGGUAGAACGAUGACGCCGAGUACGCCCUCGAAGUUGAUCAAGAGGAAGAGUUUGGGGUUUGUGCAGUUGAGGCGGGUGCGUGGGGACAAGGAUCGUGACCGAGAUAAAGAUAAAGGGAGGGAGAAGGAGAGGGAUAAAGAGAGGGAGGGAGAGGGAAGUUCAGGUUCGGACGUCUUCAGCCCACCUUCUACGUCGUCUACAUCCACACACCCGCAGCCAUUCGCGCGACGUCACCCUUCCACUUCCAAACGACCUGUAUCUAUAGCGGGUCCCUCACCUAACAGACCGUCCGGUCCUCCGAGUUCUGGUGGUCUUCCUGGAUAUGCCGGUGGUAUCGACGGAGGAGGAGGAGCGGGAUCUGGAUCAGACAGUAGGAGUGGGAGUGGGAGGAGGCCUGGUGGUGGAGGUGGGCAGCCGCGUCAUGCGUCGUAUGGACAUGCGAGUGGGAUGAGGGAGAGGAAGAGGAGUGGGUUGGUUGCUGUUUUUGGGGGUGGUGGGAGGGGGAAGGAUGGGGGGAGUAAGGCGAGUGUUGUUGGGGUUUUUGGUGCGGAGGGGGAGGGUGGUGGUGGUGGUUUGGAGGAUCGGAGUGGGGAGUUUGAAGGUGGGAGGGGGAGAGGGAAGGAUGGGGAUAGGGAGAAGGAUAAAGAGAAGGAGAAAGAAAAGGGUACCCUAGCCUCGGGUAUGCGAGCGUUUAUGGGGAAUGUGAGGAGGUUGUCUAUUGUCGGUGGUGGGAGGUCCUCGGAUAGCGCUAACGCCAACCCCGGCCACUCGAACGCUUUUUCUUCGUCGCCUGUUCACGCGGGGAAGGAAGGCAAGAGUCCGAUGGGGCACCAGCGUACGAAGAGUGGAGGUCCUAGUCCUAGUCCUGGGUAUGGGUAUAAAGGGCUUGUUGAUUCUAUCGGACGCGGUUCGACGAGUAGUACGAGUUUGUCGAGGCCUGGUAGUUCUACUAGUCAGCAUACCCAGCAUACGGGUCAUUCACAUCAUGUCCAUCAUACUGGCCAUGGUCACGCCCAACACACGCAGGGACAUGGAAGGCCGCUGACGCCUUCGACGUCGUACCCGCACCUCGCGUCUGCUGUUGGGUUGAGUGGGCUUGGCGGUGUUGGACGGAGGAGUUUGAGUCGGAGUGGGAGUGGGAGGAGAAGUGUUAGUGGCAGUAGGGAGGGGGGUGCGGCCUCUGGGUCUGGUACUACUGGGAGACGGAAGAGUGGAGAGGGUGUUAGAGGGGAGGGUCGGAAGAGCAGUGAGGGUAGGAAGAGUGGGGAGGGCAGUAAGAGCAGCGAGGUGGCAGCACGCAUCGACGAGCAUGGGUCAAGACAUGUCUCUGGAUCGAGUGUUUCCUCUGUUCCUAUGCCCUCCUCCAGGAGCAGGUCGAGAGCGAGAUCGAGAUCGAAAUCGAAAUCGAGGUCGAGGUCCAAGUCCCGUUCUGCGUCUUCGUCUUCGACGUCCCUUCACCGCGAUGGGGAUGACUCGGACGAUGAUGAUGAAGAUGAUGAAGAGAAUGAAGAAGCGGAUGAGUCGAUUACGACGCGCACGGCUCGGUCUCGCCAGGCGAGUUUGUUGGAUGAGAACCAGAAGACGCCGAGGGCGUCGAAGAUUCAGAGUUAUGGAUAUGCGUAUGGGUUGAAGACGCCUGAUAAUCGACCGCCUGUACCGCUCCUACCUGCGAUUGAGCUGCAUUUGCAUCCCCCGUCGCCGCCGCGGGGGAGCCAGGAUCGGGAGCGGGGGGAGAGGGAGGGUGUGGGUGUGGUUGGGGAAGGUGCUUCUAGGUCUAGGUAUCAGAGUAUGAGUGGGGGGUUGGCUCCUGGGGUUGAGGAGUUGGGUGGUUCGCCGGGUGGACGGGGGACGAUGGUUUCGCCGCCGCAUCCUAGUGGGCAUCCUGGUUCCCCGCACCACCAGAAUCAGCAGAAUCAGCGUCCUGCCUCGCCGCAUCAUCAACAUCCUUCCUCACCACAUCAUCAUACCGCUUCUCCGCACCAUCAGCGACAUCCUGCCUCUCCACACCACAAGAAUCAAGCGCAGUACUCACCGCACCACCAAAAUCAGUACCAGAAUCGCCAACCGACGACGCCAAUGUCGACGAAGAGCCUUUCACCGAUUUUGUCUGUUGGGUCGCAGGGUGGUGGUGGCUCGCCGCGGACGGUUAGGGAGGGCCUGGGUGACGUUGGGAGGAGUUUGGAUUUUGGAGCUUGCGGCGAUGGUUCGAGUCCUGAUGCGACAAAUGCUACUGCUAAUAGUCCUUUGGGUGCAAGUUCAAGCCCGAAGGUGCCGCCAUCGGGGAAUGGUGGUUCGACGGCAUCACCGUCGGCUGCGAAUACGGAGAGGAGUGCGAGACGCCCGAUUCGACCGCCUGCGUCGCCUGGCCAGUUGCAGUCUGCGUCGUUGGGACGGAGUGUGGGUAGUCCGGUUGCGAGUUCUACGUCUGCUCUUGCCAGUUCUGGUGCUUCGGGUUCUGGUGCCACCAGUCGUGGUAAUGGGAAUGGUGGUGGUGGUGGUGGUGCAAGUGGGAAUGGGAAUGGGAAGGGUGGUGCGAACGGAGAGGGGGGAGGAGGGGCGGCGGUACCGAGACGCAAUUCGUUGGGUGAUUUGAAGAUUCCUGCGAGGAUUAGUCAAGCGCAGAGCAGUCUCCGCCGGGAUUUGGGUAUGGUUAGGGAGUUUGCUGGGCAUGUUGAACACAUGAAAACUCUCCAGACGACGUAUGAUACCCUUGUUGCGGAGGUUCAGGCGGUUUUGGAGAGGCAGGCGGCUGGGUGGUAUCAUGCUCAGCAGCAACAGCAACAGCAAGCUCGUGACGCUGAACAGUCGGAGGAGCAGCCUCGUGCGAUUUCGCCUAGUUUCUUCAAUAACCUCGUUGGGUCGGCUCGAUCCGGUGGUCUCAAAGUUCGGAAGAGGUCGAAUACGAAUCCUGAUCAAGCUCAACCGCCACAACCGACGCAACCUAUACUCUCGGCACAGGAUCAGGCCAAUAAAGCGGCGUAUAAAGACCUUGCUACUGCGUUUUAUACUAUUAAUUCCAAGUACCGGAUUUCGUGGGAGUGUGCCGAGUUGUUGGUUGAGUUGGGGAGUACGGGUGCUUCUGGUGGUGGUGGUGGGGGGAGUGCGACUACGAGUCCGAGUCGUGGUGGGUCUGUGGGUCGCAAUGCCGGGUUCGGGAUGGCCAGCGCCGUUGGUGGUGCAGGCCAUAUGGUUGGUGGGGAUGGAGGGAGAAGUGCUAGCCCUAAUGCUGGGGUGAUGGGAGGUGGGACUGGAGGGAGGGCGAGUUUGGGACAGUCGUUGGCCGCUGCGAGUGCGUCUACUACUGCUGUUGGGUUGGUUGGUGGACAUGAGGUCAAGGGGAAGAGGAGUCGGGAGAGGGCGAUUACGCUUGCUGGUGAUGAGUCGAGGCCGAGUACGCCUUCUGGAUUGGUGGCGAUGGCUGGGGCCCAGCCACCUCAUUCACACUCCCAACCUCAGAUCUACUCCCCGAAUUCUCAGGGAUCGCAGCAUCAUCCGCCUACGGCGAGCCCGCCCUUAUGGAGAGCCUCGACUGGAAGACACGAUCUCAGCCACAGGCAGCUUGCGCUCUUGAAGGAGAUGUUGAACAAUUCGGAGCCUGUGGCUGCAACUGCCUCGCCCCCGCCUGCGAGCUCGAUACCGGAAGAACCUCUGUCGUCAGCCUCCCCGUUCGGCUCGCCCACUUCGCAUGGGGUAGGGAUGGGGUUGCUGGCUUCGCCUUCGUCAGGUGGUGGGAUCAUGAUGCCCUUCUCGUCGCCGUCGUCUGCAACUGGUCCUGCCGGCUCAACGCUCAACGUGAAUCGGGAUUGGAGAUGGGGGAACGAUCCGAUGGCGAGUACCGUUACACUUCCUUCUGAAGAGGAGAGCAUCGCUACGGGGGAGAAUAAUCAGGGCGGGGAGGUCUCUGGUGCGAACGGUGCCAGCGGAAGCAAGAAGAGGAAGACGGGCAAGUUGAAUAUGAGUGGGUUUAGGGAUAUGUUGAGGGCGUUGAGGAGGGGUGGGGGUGUGAUUGAUACCUCUCUUGCGAUGGUCAACGCACAGCAGCAGCAGCAACAUGGAGGACAGCAGCCUGAUGGAGGGGUGUAUACCAGUAGCGCCCCGAUGUCAAUGGCGGCUUCGACGACGUCUUUGGCGAUGGAGAGUAGUGCGGACGGGCAUGGGCGUGUGGGCAGGUCGCCGACGUUGCAGCGUGAUGGACGGGGAGAGAAGAAGAGGCCGAGGAGUAGUGUUGGUGGGAGAGAGCCGAGCAUUGGACCUGAGUUUUCGGAGCAGCAGUUGUAUACGGGUCACAAGAUCCCACCCAAGAGUCCUCGUCGACCAUCGCUAGCAUCUAUUUUUAGGAUUGGGAUUGGUGGGAAGAGUAGGAGUGGAGGUGGGGGUGGGGGUGGGAGUGUGACUGCUUCGGAUGGUGGAUUAGCUGGGAGUGUGCCAGAGUCGAGUGCGUCGUCGAGGGUGCCGAGUGGGAGUAGUCACAGUGGCGCUGAGAGCUCGAGUGUACCUGGGAGUGGGAGGCCAAGUCGUGAUUUUGGACGGCAGGAUGGGGUGGAUGGAGAUGAGGAUGAUGACGAGGAGGAGGAUUGGGACCAGAUUGAUUCGGCGUCUGACUUGGAUGGACAUCCCGAUCAUCAUCUGCACCAACAUGGACAUCAGCUGCAGCAUGGCGGGAAGCCGUAUGGUGGCCUUAGUCCGACUGGAGUGGAGGGAUCGGCGACGAUACGGGCGACGUCGACGAGUCGGGGCAGGAAGUUGAGGAAGCCGAAUUCGCCGUAUUUGCAGCAGGAUCCUUAUGCUGCGCGUUCGACUUCGGGGCUUAGCACGGGUGGAGGAAGGAGGAGUGCGAGUGCGAGCCAGGUUUCGUUGAACCUCAGUGCUAGCGAUUCGUCUUCCGUCGCUGGAACGAGUGGUAAUGCUCUCUCCGGUUCGAGAGCUGGUCCAGCAAGUUCGGUUACAGCCCUGUCGACUCCCCGACCUAUCCGACUUUCGAACGUGCAGGAAAGUCAAGCGGAGAGCCCGGUCUGGCCGAUGCGAACUUCUUCGCUUGCACACGGGGUGAAGCCAGGUCCUACCAAUCGAUCUGUGUCGGGAUCUUCUGGCAAGUUCCAUACGACUGGUAAGGUUGCGUCCGGGUCGUUGAGAGCUGGUCCGCCCCAGCCUAUCACCGUUCCUUCAAACUCGAGUUCGUCGCCUCAGCCCAGGCCGCAUAGUCAAGUUCCGCCUACACCGACGUUGGCGCUGACCCCGGAGAAUAUUCGGCCGCUGUUGGAGAAUGCGAGGGAGGUGCAGAUGAGGUUGAAUCAGUGUAUUGCGGAGGUGCAGGCGUUGCUGGAGAGGGCGAAGGAGGUUCCUGUGCCCGGUGAAAAUAAGGAGGCGAGUCAGAGUCGGGUGUCUGUGGUUGAAGAGGUUGGUGUUGGUGUUGCGUCGUAG